UUUUUUGGUUUCAUUUAAAAAUGCCUCGAUGUGUGAUAGUAGGGUGCAAUGAGAAUGGAAGACAUACAUUUCCAAGCGAUCCGAAAUUAAAAACAUUAUGGGAAAAAGCUACAAAAAUAAAAAAAUUCAAAGCUUCAAAGAAUUCCAGGUUAUGCUAUAAACAUUUUAAAGACUCCGAUUAUCAAGAAAUUUGUGCUACGACAGGACGGCCACCACUUUGUAAACAUUUAAAAAAAGGUGUUGUUCCCUCCAUUUUCCCAUGGACACCUAAACCUUCAACAUCUGCUAUAGAACGACAAAAUCGAUACAUUAAAAGGUCAGCAAAGAAAGAAUUAUUUCCUCCACAGAACCCUAUAGAAACACUUACUGGUAAUUACUCCAUGGAAGAUAGAAAUGCAGUCUCUGAUAAAGAAGAAAAUCUGCCCGAUGUACAAAUGGAAAUUGAAAUUAAAACACAUGAGUUAGGAAACAUGGUUAGCGAUGAACCAGAAAGAUCAAUCAGGCUUGUGAAUUCAUUUACACAAACUCCACGUUUGAAUUUUCUUUUUUCAAACUAUCAGCUUAUGACAGAUGAUGAAACUAUACUAUACUAUACUGGACUGGAAAGCUAUGAGAAGUUUAAGACUGUUUUAUCAACUCUUUUGCCGAUGGCAUACAGUAUUUCUUAUCGUAGGAAUUAUGUUAUGAAUAUGUCUAUUGAAGAUCAGUUUUUACUUAUGUUAAUGAAACUCAGAAGAAACUUAGAUGAUUUUAUUCUAUCAAAACAUUUUGAUAUCAGUAAAUCAGAAGUAGGUAAUGUAUUUGUAACAUGGAUAAAUUUUGUACACCAAUUGUGGUCAAAACUAAAUAUAUGGCCAAGUAGAGAACUCGUUGAUUAUUUUAUGCCAUCACAGUUUAAAAAAAACCAUAAAAUUACCAGAGUAAUUAUAGAUGGAACUGAAGUGCCUAUCACAAGACCUAAAAACCCAAAAUCACAACAGGCCACUUUUAGUAGUUAUAAACAUCACAACACAAUUAAGUUUCUGGUUGGCUCCACACCUGGUGGACUACUGUCAUAUUGUUCAGAAGGAUAUGGAGGAUCAACUAGUGACAGGCAAAUCAUAGAACGCUGUAAUGUUAUUCAUAAAUGUAAUCCAGGUGAUGGAAUCAUGGCAGAUCGGGGAUUUAACAUUCAAGAUUUGUUAGCACCUAGAGACAUAACAUUACUUGUGCCAAAUUUUUUGAAAGGUUUAUCUCAAUUACCUGGUAUAAAAUUGAAACAUGACCAGAAAUUAGCUGCUAAUCGAAUACAUAUUGAACGUUUAAUAGGUCUGAUAAAAACUUAUAAAAUUUUUAAAACUGAUGUCAAUGCAUACUAUGUUCCGUUAAUGUCAAAAAUAUUUUUUGUGUGCCUUAUGUUAUGUAACUUUAGGGAAAAAAUUGUAAAUUAAUAUUUUUAACA